AUGAAGUACCACAAGAAGUUCGAGAAGCUAACUCGUGGUCAUACGGUGGUGCCGUACAAAGAGCUAAUUUGCACUGAUGGAAUCCUUAAUCGUUCAAAAGCAUCCUGCAAAGAACAUACCAGCAAAAUGCUGGAAUUAUUUUGCUUCACCUGUCACGAAUUUAUUUGUUUGGAGUGUCUAAAUUCUCACCAAAUAAAUAGUGAAGACAAGUGUUACAUCAACCCACUUCCGAUUCCUAGGGAAACUCUAAUGGAAACCUGGAAUGAUCAAGUUCAUUGCCUUGAAGAGAUCAUACAAGUGUAUGAAAAAGAGGUAGGUGAUUCUAUCCGUGUGCAACAAAAUCUCCACGAAAGUAAAGAGAAGGUUCAGGAAGAGAUCCAAGCCGAAUCAGAUCGAGUCAUUUCUGUCGUAAAAGAAAACACGAAAAUACUAUUAGAGCGCCUUGACGAAGAAUUUAAAGCGGAUGAAAAGGUGGCAACCUUGCAUCGUGAUAAAGCAGAAAGUAUCAUCGAAUCGUGUAAACACUUGUUAAAGAUUCGAGAAAAUAUUAUGAAGAAUGCAAAAGACAUAGAGCUAAUCCCUGCUAUGGCCACACUAGAGGAACGUGUAAAAUACUUUAAGGAGCCAGUUAACUACCUUAGUAUUGAAGGAAUGUUUCAAUUCGUCUCCGCCAACAGUGCAGAGGUUGGAACACUACAAAAGCUUUUAAACAUAUCUGAUCUAGAACCGUUCAUGUCGUUGAAUAGGGAAGUGUAG